AUGACUGGAACCUUACUCACCCCCUGGAACUUUAUUCAAGAAUUGGUGACAGUAACUAUGAGCAAUGGACUCCAAAUUUUCUUUCAACAAAUGGCCAGCAGCAAUCACAGUACUAAUUGUGUUAAUACCUCAGAUGAGGAGGACUUUUCCUCCAAUGAGGAAUCUAGCUCAGAUAGCAUGGAGACUGCAAAAUCUGUGCCAGGAAAGCUGAGACUGGAUGAACUUCAAAUCCUCCAAGACAGUCUGAAGGAUUGGAAGGAAGCUGACACAAACAAAAGGGCCUCACUGAUGGAGGGAAUGCAAAACAAAAUCAAGUGGCUGGAUGCCAACAAGAGCCUCAAACAAAAUGAAUGGAAUAGAAAAUGGAUGGCCAUCAAGAAUUGGAUGUAUAAUAACAAUCAGUCCUGGGCAUGGAAGGCCCUGGUUAAGUAUGGCUCCAAAUGGACCACCCUGAAGGUGAUCAAGCUGCAGCAUAAGAAGGAUAUCCAGCAAGUACUUGUGAAGGCCAGAAUACAGCCCAGGACAUCAGCUAUGAUCAAACACUAUCAGCCAGCUAUUCAGAAGGUAGUCCAGUCAUCAACCAAACCUGAAUUGGACCAGGCAGCCCAUUUGGCAAAAGAGUGGAAUGAAAGAAAGCUGCCACCCAAAGCCCAGGCAGAAGUGGCAACAAUUUGGACACAACAUGUGGAAGCAGUGUGGGAUGAGAGUGGUGAUCAUAAGGAUGGUGAAGUGAUGGUUAGAGUGAAUGACUUCAAUGACAAGCUGAGUGAUGGAGAGCUCUAUUUGGAUUGGGAAGACCUUCAUGGAAAGGCCAAUGGUACAGAGGAUGGCAGUGGAGAGGAUGAGGCCAGUCAAACCAUGGUAAAAGCAUGGAAAGGAAAAAAGUGGUCUCAAUUCUCCCUGUCCACCAAUGACAAUGGCACACCCAUUCUUCCAAAUCUCUUGGACUUAUGGACACCAGAAUUAAAGGACAUCAUGAGGGUGUUCAUAACUGGCCAUUAUUGCUUGGCUUGCUGGAAGAUGAAUGCCAGCAUACCUUGGGCUGCAAUAACUGACAACCAGGCAUCAUAUUUGUCUUCUAAGUGGAGAUCUCAGUAUGGUUCCCUGGAGGAGCUGGUCACCAAACAACAAUUCUGGUCAGAAAAAGCCAAAGGGAAGAGACCCUGGACAGAAGUAAAUUCUGCUGAUGGCUCUGACUAUGGACAUCACUCAGAGGAGGAACCAGCUCCUCCCACAAAACCUUGCACCAAAUGGCAAUGGAUAGAUGAACAUCCAAUGCACAGGAGGACAACAGAUGAAGGAACCAGUCCACAUCAGACUGGUGCAAUACAGCUACUGCAUACCCCAAGCCAGCUGCAUUCUACAGCAGCCCAGAAUGAUAACAUGGUCAUAUCCAAGUCCCACCAUGGAAAUGGUGGCAGUAGGGAAGGGCUGACACCUAAUGAUUGGAGGAAUUCAAACACCAGGCCUAGAGGCCAUGUGAUGGACAGGGAAGAUAGACUGUUGGAUCAAGCAGAAGAGAAUGGUGUGGCUUGUCACCCAGAGCAGAAUUGGAGGCCCCCACAGUGGCCAGAUGAUAAUUAUCCUACCCCAACUGGUAUUGGCAUAAUACCAAUAUGCAGUGUAGGAAUAGGUAAGAUGAAGUACCUAGAACUAGUAAUAUGUCACUGGAAUGUGAGAAUAGAAUACCCUGCUGCUGAGGGACUCAAACAUGAAUUACUUGUAUGGGAAUUCAAUCCCAUUCCCUACAGCAGUGAUCAGAUUGGCAUUGUGUGCAGCAUUGAUGUCUGGUUGUUUGUGGAGUAUCAACUCCCAGCUGUAUGGCAAACUCCUGGGAGACUGCAAAAAGCUCCAAAUGUGAAAAUGGGAUUGGCACUGGUGAUGGGGAUCUGGCUGGCACUGCCUGAGUUGGGUAGAUGCAGUGGUGAUUUGUCCCAUGCCAGCUCAAGUAACAGGGUGCUGUCAGAGAGGCAUGUUGAUAUGGAGUCCCAAGGAGGCUCAACCAAUGGGCUACCAGAGGAGGGAGACAGUGCCAAUGACUCCAAUGCUGGCUCUAUCAAAGGUGGUCUGGGUGAACCAGAGGACUGGAAGGAGGGUUCCAUUCUGGUUGUGCAUAUUGUUUGA